CUACCGGUCCUACUUUAAAUUAUCAGUGAUUACUGAAGUGUAAAAUGACCUAGAUGAGUGUUAUUUGUACGUAGUUGCAUGUAUCAAAGUUGCACGUAUGUUUUUGUAUGCGUUCGGUGGUUUGCUGUGCAUAAACAACUUGUGUGAAUUGUGGCAUUUGAAUGAUGAAGCCAGUAGUGUUGACAUGUUAUACCUAUCUACGUAGAAUGUUCGGUAUUUUCCUAUUUCAAAGUGUAUUCGUAUUCAAAUUUUCGAUGAAGUUUUUUGAUUCGUGAAGAUUGUGAAUAAUCAGCAUAUUUUCGUUCGUGUAAGUGUGUGAUAUCGUGUUCCAAAGUUGCGUAUACCCAGAUUCAAUUCCUUCAACAUGGCCGGCGAUAUCGAAGACUACCCGUUCAGUUUCAUGAACCAGCCAUCAUCGCUCCAGCUGCUAGCAUCGUCCGAAAUAGCCUUAACUUUAUGGCAAUACAAAUAUUCAAAUUCGACUUAUCCCGCUCUCAGCUCGUUCCUGGUUACUAAAUUCAGCUGCGAAGAAAUGCUCGUCGUUCCGCCUCGUUUCAAAGUCAAAAUCGACGAAAGAAUCGCCACGAUUGGGGCCGAGCUGAAAAAAUGGAUCGACUUUCACGGGACUAAGCAGACUUUUUUCGAGGGUGAUUUUCGAGACGCGUUUACCAAGACAUUAAAGCUUAUGGUGGUCGACUCCUGCGGCGGUAUUUGUUUCAAGGCGACGGCGAUAAACAUCCUGAAUUCGAAUCAGUUCAACGACGUAGAAAAGUACAGAUUAGCUUGCGAGUUUUGUAUCGAAGACCACGUCGAAAAAUUAUGGCCUUGUGUGUCGAAAGGUGCCCGACUCGGUGAAAAUCUCAAAAUCGAUACCCACAGCUUGAUUCUUUACUGGUAUCGUCGAAUGAGAUUGAGAAAAACCACCUUCAAGGAUACCCUAUUGGUUAAAACACGAUUGGUAUAUGCCCGGAACGCGAGUAAUUGGCCAGCAUUCGAGUAUUUUUGGAACACGCACUCGACAGAUCGAGAGAAAUUGCCUCAGGCUAUUCUAUGCCUAAAACGAGCCAAUGGUGAAGCUAUCAAGCGUAUGUUGCCUUCGUUGAACCGUAUCUUGGCUAUGAAAGUGUUCGAAGAAGUGUCCCCUCAAAUUUUACGUCUAUUGGUGCCCAACGAGAAGUAUUUCCAGCAUGUGCAUCAAUUUUGGACUGUUGUCGAACAUACCGUAUACGAAAAAGAAUCCAGCUUGUUCAAGGUAUUGCACGAGUUGUGGAAAAUGGUAUUCAACCCUAUGGAUAUCAGGCUGGGCUUGAAUAAUACUCGAUGCGAACAAAUCAACGAGUUUUUGAUGGAAAUCUGGUCCAAUGCCACGGAAAACUUAAAGUACGAUGUUUCGAAUCACCACAUACGCGAUUUUUUCCACCCAUUGUGGACUUCUUCGGACGGAUUUCCGAGGUUUUACGGUCAUAAUAUGGAUUUCAUGUUGGAUCUGCUCGACAAAUGGCGUAACUCGAAUAAAGAACAGAUUUGGCAUAAGAAUUGGCGUAAAUUGAUCCUACGAGCCAAGCCUGUGUAUUUGGAGCGAUUCCUCAGGGUAUGUUUACCGGACGACGAUGACGUUGAAAAAUUCAAAAAGGAAUUGCAGGCGUGUAAACGUAUUUUCGAAUUAUUCAUCGAGCACGGCAUGUAUUCGGAUUUGAAGUUUUACCUGAAUUUUUGCUCGAAAGAUCAAAGUGAGUUUCAGCUACAGAGCAAACGAUUGCUCGAAUUGCACUUUGAUCUGAUCAUGCUCCACGAUGACGAGAAAUUCGCUAAAUUCGACGAAUUCGUCGGCGAAAUGUUUUCAAACGUGGGAACAGAUAUUGAAGCGUUCAAAUUUGCUUUGAUGUCAUCCUCUAAAAAUCUAACUCGUUUGCACGAAGCAUUCAAUAAAGAUCGUUCUACAGAUUUCAAGAGAAUAAUUGCCCGAUUUGUGACCUCUGAGGAGAAAUUAAAGUCCUUGAAAAGCGUAUUACUAAAGCAUUGUAGGCAAUACGUGAUUUAUAUCCGAUAUGGCGACUUUCAAGUUGAUCAAUGGCAAGAGCUGAUUGAAUAUUGUACUGCGAAUGUGGACGAAAUUGCAGCCUUUAAGCGGUCUUUCAACGUGGAUGCGAUUUUUCUAAAACGUCUGGCUGAUAUUCGACACUUUUUUUGGUCUGAAAGAUGUUUUAAAUUUUUUGACGAGUUUUUCAAGUGGUAUUUUGCUAGCGAAACGGAUCAAAGAAAUUUCAAGUUGAAGAAGAUAGCUAAUUACGAGAAAAUCGAGCAUAUUCGUGUUAUGCUCGAUGAUCCUGCUUAUCGUAGCACGAUGCAUCGUUUGCUGAUGUGGUUUUUCGAUAACGAUGCGGAAAAGGUGCGCGAAUUUUGUAAAAAAUGUGAUUUUAGUCCGCCAUCAUCGCCACCGGUGAUUCGUAGAAUUGAUUCAGUCAGUGAUAUGCCUAAUUUGUCGAGUGAUUUUAGAUAGAAAUACGACGAUUAGGAAAUUAUUUUUUGAUAGAAGUAAACUACUCGUAUAUUUAACAUUCAAUGUAUUUAUUUUUUUUAAUCGAUCGUUUUGAAUAUUUUUUUAAUAUGCUACAUACCUACUUACCUACCUACCUAGUCGUUUUAUUUUUUGUAGGUGAAAUUUAAUGUGUACCGUUUCUUUAUUGUUAGGUUUUCUCUUAUUAAUCUUAGUUCAUGUUGUGACCUCAUUUUACAAUUUUUAAAAUUCUUAAUUGAGUGAUUUUUUUUCGUAUUAAUUAAAUGAUCUAAGUUUGGA